AUGGAAAGUGCAGUGUCUGAGCUGACAGCUCCCCGUGCCCUUAGGGAUAGCGAUGCAAUAGCCAGACUUCAUUCUCUAAACAGACUGCAGCAAGCCAACCAGGACUCAAAGCAGCUGGAACCGAUGAUGAGGGGGCUGGCAGGUUUCCUGCUGUGCUCGUUGCUGCUGCUGCUGGCCCCCCACUCCACAGGGGUGGCUGCCCAGGACACCCAGCCUGACCCCAAAAUGCCAUGUGCCAACUGGAUGGGAGGAGCACCCGGCUACCCUGGCCACAACGGCGUCCCUGGCCGGGAUGGGAAAGAUGGAAGAGAUGGACUAAAGGGAGAUAAAGGAGAUGAAGGCCCAGCAGGUCCCAAAGGUGAACCAGGCCCAGUAGGAAGCCGAGGCUUUCCCGGACCUCCCGGAUCUCCUGGAAUUCCUGGAAUCCCAGGGCAGAAGGGCAAAGAUGCUUUCGUGCACCGCUCUGCCUUCAGCGUAGGGCUGACGGAGCGAAGCCCUGCCCCCAACGUCCCCAUCCGCUUCGGCAAGAUCUUCUACAACGAGCAGGGCCACUACGACCCCAGCACGGGCAAGUUCCUCUGCAGUGUCCCUGGCACCUACUACUUCACCUACCACCUCACAGUCUACCUGUCAGACGUCAAGGUCAGCCUCUACAGGAAGGACACGGCCGUGAUCUUCACCUACGACCAGUUCCAGAACAACAACGUCGACCAAGCGAGCGGCUCUGUCCUGCUGCACCUCAGCUCUGGGGACGAGGUUUGGCUUCAGGUGUACGGCGAAGGGGACAAAAACGGGGUCUAUGCUGACAACCUCAAUGAUUCCACUUUCAUGGGCUUCCUCCUGUACCCUGACCCAGAUAACUACUAA